AUGAGGGUAAUCCUGGUUUUGGGUGCCCUUCUGGGGCUUGUCUACUGCCGAGAAACUUUUGUGGGAGACCAAGUUCUUGAGGUCACUCCCAGGAAUGAGGAACAAAUUGAAAAUCUGAUGGAACUGGAGGCUGAAGAGCACCUUCAGCUUGAUUUCUGGAAAUCACCUACCACCCCAGGGGAGACAGUUCAUGUCCGAGUUCCCUUUCUCAACCUCCAGGCAGUCAAAAUUUUCUUGGAGUCUCAGGGAAUUGAAUAUUCCAUCAUGAUUGAAGAUGUUCAGGUUCUGUUGGAUGAAGAGAAAGAAGAAAUGCUAUCUAGUCAAAGAGAACGAAAUGGUAACUUCAACUUUGAGAUUUACCAUACUUUGGAAGAGAUUUACCAAGAAAUGGACCACAUCGUGGCCACGCACCCCGGUCUAGUGAGCAAAGUGAAUAUCGGCUAUUCUUUCGAAAAGCGGCCCAUGAACGUGCUCAAGUUCAGCACCGGAGGAAAGAAGCCUGCCAUUUGGCUCGAUGCCGGGAUCCACGCUCGAGAGUGGGUUACGCAGGCUACCGCCCUGUGGACAGCUAAUAAGAUUGCCACUGAUUAUGGAAAGGACCCAUUCAUCACUUCCCUUUUGGACCAGAUGGAUCUCUUCCUGCUCCCUGUCACAAACCCCGACGGAUAUGUGUUCUCUCAUACCAGUAACCGAAUGUGGCGCAAGACAAGGUCCAAGGUGCCAGGAAGGGCAUGUGUUGGUGUUGAUCCUAACCGGAACUGGGAUGCAGGCUUUGCUGGACCUGGCGCCAGCGACAAACCUUGCUCUGAUUCGUACCACGGACCCAGUGCCAACUCUGAAGUGGAAGUGAAAUCCAUAGUGGACUUCAUCAAGAGCCAUGGAAACUUCAAGGCUUUCAUUACCAUCCACAGCUACUCCCAGCUACUGAUGUUCCCCUAUGGCUAUAAAUGUACCAAGUCAGAUAGAUUCGAUGAGUUGAAUCAAGUGGCCCAACAGGCUGCCAAAGCUGUGGAAAGUCUGCAUGGUACCAAGUACAGGGUGGGACCCAUCUGCUCCGUCAUCUAUCAAGCCAGCGGAGGAAGCAUUGACUGGGCCUACGACUAUGGCAUCAGAUACUCAUUUGCCUUUGAGCUGAGAGACACAGGUAGAUACGGUUUCCUCCUACCUGCCAAACUGAUCUUGCCCACAGCCCAAGAGACCUACCUUGGCUUGCAGAGCAUCAUGGAGUAUGUUCGAGACCACCCCUAUUAGGGCUCUGGAGAAAGCACAGAUGACCAUUAAAAGCUCUUUGAUUUGA